CACUCGAGCACAGCAGUCACCGAGCUCGAAUCGACCCACGACCCCGACUCGCCUCUCCCCUCUUCCUCAUCAGCUCCCGCCGUUCCUCUCGACUUCACACCCGACACACCCCGUCCUCGAGCACCAGAUGGCUCCGACCAAGAUCGCAGUCGUCGGCUUCGGCAUGAGUGCCACCGUCUUCCACAUCCCUUUCAUCCUCUCGCUCCCGGACAAGUUUGAGCUCAAGGUCGUCGUCGAGCGCUCGGCGACCCCGGACAAGAGCAAGGCGCGCGACAAGUACCCGCACUUCGGCCUCACGGUGGUGAACACGCUCGCCGAGGCCCUCGAGCAGGACAUUGACGCCGUGUGGGUCCUCGCGCCCAACGCCGAGCACUUUGCGUACUGCAAGCAGGCCCUCGAGGCGGGCAAGCACGUCGUCGUCGAGAAGCCCGUCACGCCGACCUCGCACGAGGCGUUCGAGCUCGCCGACCUCGCACGGGCCAAGGGCCGCGUCCUCGCCGUGUACCAGAACCGUCGGUGGGACGCCGACUUUCUCACGCUCAAGCAGCUCGUCGACAAGGGCGAGUUUGGCGAGUUGAGCGAGUUCGAGAGCUCGUUCGACAGGUACAAGAACGUGCUCAACGCCAAGCAGUGGAAGGAGGCCGACAUUCCUGGAGCCGGCGCGGCGUACGACCUCGGCUCUCACGUCAUCGACCAGAUCGUCGACCUGUUCGGCGCGCCGCAGCGCAUCACGGGCCUCGUGCGCAACUCGCGCCAGAUCGGCGUCCCGACCGUCCCCGACUCGUUCCACAUCCAGCUCCACUACGACCCUGUGCCGUCCAAGCCCGGCCGCGCCCUCCCGCUCCUCGCGACCGCGCGCGGCUCGAUCCUCUCGCUCGAGUCGCCCCAGCCUCGGUUCCGCGUCCGGGGUACCGGGGCGUCGUUCGUCAAGACGGGCGUCGACGCCCAGGAGGCGCAGCUCGUCGCUGGUGGGCCGGACGCGAUCGGCCAGGAGGGCUUUGCCGUCGAGCCGAGCGAGCAGAGCGGGAUCCUCUACCGUGCCGGCGUCGAGCCCGAAACGAUCACGUCGGUCCCUGGCUCGUACGCCUCGUGGUUCAGCAACGUCGGCGACGCCCUCCUCGCCAACGACCCGUCGCAGCUCAUCGUCAAGCCCGAGCAGGCCGCACUCGUCAUCAAGGUCAUCGAGGUCGCGACCCAGAGCUCGCGUGAGGGUCGCACGCUCGACUUCUCGGCCUGAGCUUCCCUCUUUCCCUCUCUCUCUCACUCUCUCUCUCUAGACGCCGCCGAGGCCCGAAAACGCAAUGCAGCACGAUGUAGUG